AUGACUGUCAUCCAGCCCAGCGUCGUCAUUGCCCCGCCAGUUGCCAGAGUGCCUCUCGCGCACGCUUCUGAACGCCCGACUCCCACGCCGUCCAGGACACGGCCGCCCGCGGAACAAGAACAAGAAAAACAAGUCACGGCUACCGGCCUCUGUGUCUGGCUGCCCUUGUUCGUCCUCUUCCAGGUCUUCAACACACUCAACACACUCUUCACGGCCAUCCUCACCAUGCCAUUCACGACGCCCUCUGCGACUGCCGAGUCGCCCGCGACCGCUCCUGCAACUCUCGCCACCGGCCCGUACGCAGGCGUCGGCGAGCGCAUUGGCGACUUUGUGAAAAAGUACAAGGCCAUGCAGGACGAGCUUGCGGAGGCCCAGGCGCGCCUGGCCGAGCUCGAGGACUACAAGACCAAGUACGACGAGCUCAAGAAGGAGAUGGACGAGCUCCUCGGCAACUAG